AAUCUAGUCUAUCUUAAUCUAUGAAAACUGGACAAGAUACCUAUGUAUCUACAAUAGUGGUUAUCUUUUAUCUGUCAAUACUAUAGUUAGUAUAGUUUGUGGAACGAGUUUUUGUGUAUAAACAACAUUGUUUGUUUGGUAACGAUGAUCGCAAGAAAAUUGAAAUUGUGCGUUAAAAAUUACCCAGUUGAAAAUAUUAUUCCCAUUUAAUGUGACAAUUUUGUUUGUUACUAAAAUGUAAAUUACGCUUUUGUUUCGUAAAUUAACAGCGAAAUUAGUGAAUAAUUUUUCGUCACAAGUAUCGCAUUAUUUUAUUUUGUAAAUAUGACAACGUUAAAAGGUGUUUUCCCCGAUCCAAAACCAGUAAAGCAAAAAGAUUUCAUACACGAAAAUGUAAGGAAUCUCCGUCGUAUGGAACAAUGUUUGCAUACAAAUAAAGAAGCAGAAGAAGUGCAAAGACUACGAAUACACGAACAAAAAAGCAUUGGUAAUAAAUAUCAAAAUAUUCGAUCAAAAAUGAAUUCAAAUCUUCAGGUAAAGAAGCAUAAAUGCAUUGAUAUAAAUUUAAUCGUUAAUAACAAAACAGAUCAGCAACCAAAAACAUAUAUGAAAUCCAAUUCGUCGAUGCUGAACAAAACUACCGUUACAACUGUUACAAAGAAUACGCUACAUCCAACGAGAAACAAUCAUUCGUCGAUUAAACAAAAACGAAAAGAGUGUAAGAAUAUGCAUAAAUCUGCAAAGAAAACAAAUGAAAAAGUUUCAUCAGACCCUAAUUUGUCGUGUGAUUUAACUAAACAUACCGAUAACAAUAGAAAUGUACAAAGUAAAUUCAGAAAUCAAGGUAUCCAAACACUGGAUGCAAAGGAAAUGGAUAAUUUAUAUUCCGAUGGGAUGAUAAGAUACCCUUCAAAGAAAUGUUUAAACAAUAACGAUGCGAAAAAUAAAAAUGAACCAAAUCAGCAGAAUGAUAAAGCUUUAAGAGAUACAACAAAUACACCUUUAGAUCAAGGGGAUGUUAAAGUUUAUGAUAAAAGUUUACAGAAUAAAAAUAAUUCAAAAGGUUCCGAAUUACUUCCAUCUAAAGCGGAAGUAGAUGUUGCAAAAUUAAAUAAGAAAUGUACUUCUGUAGCUAGUAAAAUAGCGACACGACUAAAUAAUAGUAAUAAUGUUCCUCCAGCCAAUUAUCGCAAGGGUGUUGUUCCUAAGUAUAUAAAAACCAGAAAGGAAGCUCAAGAAAAAGAACUAAAGGCCAAAGCAGAGGAAUUGGAUCCUGAUUGUCCUAGUGGUCACGUUCAUUUACCCGAACAUGAGCGCAAAGAAACAUUGCAGAUACUGAAGAAGAGUUAUCAAGAUUACGUGAAUGAAUUAAAUAUGAUGCCUAUAAAAACAGAUACCCUCAGGGCACAACAACGGAAGACGGAAAUAGAAAAACAACUAAAUAAAUUAGAAGAAGGUAUAAAGGUUUUUUCCAAACCUAAGGUUUACGUAAAAAUGAAUGCAUAAAUUAUUAUUUUGUUGUGCAAUAUAUGUUACAAUAAAAUCAUAAACUGUA